GUCUACAUAUACAACAUGUAAUCGGCAGUCAGCAGAGCACCGUCGGCAACAUAGCUCGUUGUCCAGAUACAUUGCAUACUGCAUUUGUAUCGAUUGCAGCGCACAUUGCUGGUUCCAUUGCACGCGUAAACCUCUCGAGCCAUCACGUAAAAUUCACGGAUGUAACGUGAUUCCGCAACAAUGUCUCUGAAUGGAAAAGUCGCCGUUGUCACCGGGGCAUCUCGCGGUAUCGGUAAAGGUAUUGCGCUGCAGUUAGGAGGAGCAGGGGGAAAAGUCUACAUCACAGGCCGAGCGCCAGCGAACGCCGACCGCGACGCUCCAGGAAGCUUAACCGAAACCGCAAAAGAGAUCGAAAAACGUGGCGGUACAGCGGUAGCAGUUUAUUGCGACAGCAGCAAGGAUGACGAUCUUUCCGCGCUCUUUGAUCGCGUUGCCACAGAAAACGGCAGACUGGAUGUCUUGGUGAACAACGCAUACGCUGCGGUCCCGGAAUUGUACCAGAAUUUAGGGAAACCGUUCUGGGAAAUAUCGGAAGGCAUCUGGGAUCGCGGAACGCAGAUUGGAUUGAGGGAUUACUACGUUUCAGCAUGCAAAGCAGCAAAAAUAAUGGUCCCACAGAAAUCCGGUCUAAUUAUCAAUAUUUCGUCAAUUGGAGCCGAGGAGUACCUUUUUACUCCUGUCUAUGGAAUUGGGAAAACUGCCUGUGACCGUAUGGCUGCCGACUGUGCCUUGGAGUUGAAAUCCCACGGUGUGAAUUUUAUCAGUUUAUGGCCCGGUGCCGUAAAAACGGAACUGAUGGAUAAGUAUCACAAGGAAUUUGAGGCCGAUGCCGCCCGAUUUAGUGGAGAAACGGCCAAAUUGGGCCUGAAUUCUAUGAUCUUUGAUGAACACGAGGAAUCUAUGGAGUAUGCUGGCAUGUGCAUUGUCGCACUGGCUCAAGAUAAUGAGCUUACUACGAAAUCGGGAACCGUGUUGACCACAGCCGACGUUGGUAAAACUUAUGGAUUGAAAGAUAUUCCAUUUUAAAUUUUCCUCGCUUAGUGAAAAGUGAGCAUUAUGAACGAAAGCGCAUUUUGAAUUUAGUAUUGAAUUCUAGUUUCUUUGUAAAUUCGUGUUAUGCACACGCUUGUGUCUUCCGCUGAAAAUUACGGAAGAAACGAGUAUAUUUGCUAUAAUAUUACUAUUAUUACUCCGUUUACUGGUAAUCACGGGAAAUUAAACUGAU